AUAAUAUUUAAUGACAGCAUGUGCUAGAUCAAAAUCAUCUCACCGCCCCACAAACAAGGAACAAAAGGUUUGUGGCAGAAAUUGGCAAGGAAUUUCCCUGUGCAGAUGGAAAUAAGUUGAGGUCAACAGAUCUAUUCAUAUUCCCAGAUGAAUACAAUGGGUGCUAUUAUAUGAUGUGCUUUCACUUGAAGAACAUGAAGUUCUACAUCAUUGAUAGUAGCGACGGAGAUAUAGCUCCUGCACUCAAGUACUUGUUUCAAAUGUCAUACCUGAGAAGUGGAUUUGUGAAAUUUCUCCGAGAUAAAAAACACUCAAAGGCAGAUAAGGUUGUGAAGCUGAAGGAAGAAGUGAUUAAAAUGCAUUGGAGAAAUAAGAAAAACAAAACCAAUGAGGGGGUUUAUUUGAUGGGGCAUAUGGAGACAUUUUAUGGUGACAUAGCAUGGGAGUGUGGACCAGAUAAAGAAAGUGAAAAACCAAUUGAGAUGCUGAGGAUUAAGUACUUGCAUGCCAUAGUCACAUCUGAUAAGAAUGAGAUCAAGAAGGACGUCAUGGAACAUGUGAAGAAACACAAUGUGUAUAUCUAAAAGAUGUGUAAUGCUAUUGAUGAUUCUGGGUGUUGAUGAACAUGUUGUUGUUUUUUAAUUCAUGUUAAACAAUAUUAGUAUUUG